ACCAGUUAACAGAGACUGGGAGUUAUAGCUGCAGCUAAAAGUCCUUUCUUAAUGUCUGCAGUAAUAUCCUGAGAUUGUAAUCUAAAAGUACGAGCAACAGUAAAACCCCACAUUAUUUUCUCUGUAAGGCUUUCUGCAGAAUUGUUUUACAUGUUAUUACCUUCACAUUUUCUCUGUAGUGCAGAAAAUAGCCCACGUGAUAAGUGAAAGAGAAAAGAGAAGAAGAGGAAACAGAGGAGGAACCACCAGCUGUUUCUUAGAACAUAACUCCGAGAACAGAAAGGCAUGGAGACAUCAGCUGUGCAUAAAGGGAGCACAGAGCAGGUCUCCAACACAGAUCAGCUCCGAACAUCAAACCUUUUGCAUCCAAACUGAAGCUGUCGGGGAAACAUGAAGACUCUGGUGACUCUCGUGCUCCUGACUCUCAUCUGCUUCCUGUGUUACAGCUCUGCCAUCCCGGCCUCACCACUGUUGUUGAACACGGACGGAUGCUGUGAAAACAUCAGUCAGAUGCGUAUUCCUAAAGGAAAGGUGAGACAGAUGGUGAUGACCCCACGUGACUGUGGACGCAAGGCAAUUGUAGUCACAACUGUGUGUGAUAAGAAGAUUUGUAUUGAUUUCAACUGGUUCUGGGCGAAGAACCUCUGGACAGAAUUUAAGAAGUCAACAGCCAACAGCACGCCACCAUCUUCUCCUAUCAAUCUCUCAGAGUGUGAAAAGAAGUUUUAAAAAAAUGUGAGAAAGUCACUCCUUUGUGUAUCACAAUUACAUGCAAGCUAGAUUUUUACAUAUUUAACAGACAUUGUGACCUUGAAAAAUUUAACGUUAAAUGUUAAAAUACAUCUGAAAAUGCCUUCUAAAAGAUCAAACACAUGAGCCUUCUAACUACUACUAAUGUACUGCACAUUACUUAAUUCAUAUGAAGCUGAAUUUCAUACUCAAACAUGUACAGUUGUGUCCUAAUUUAAUACUUUCAGUGAUUACAGGAGGAUAUUUGAAAUGUAUAUUUAUUAUUGAUACACAUGGUGCUGCAGCUCUCUCAAUAAAAGCUUUAUUUUAA